AUGAGACAACGCAACGGCGGCUUCACGCUAUAUCAAAAAAGUGAUGGAACCUUGGACGAAACCAAAUCGCUUGAAGGUGAAGGUGAAGGUGAAGGUGAAGGUGAAGGUGGAGGUGAAGGUGAAGGUGAAGGUGAAGGUGAAGGUGAAGGUGAAGGUGAAGGUGAAGGUGAAGGUGAAGGUGAAGGUGGAGGUGAAGGUGAAGGUGCAGGUGAAGGUGAAGGUGAAGGUGCAGGUGGAGGUGGAGGUGAAGGUGGAGGUGGAGGUGGAGGUGGAGGUGGAGGUGGAGGUGGAGGUGGAGGUGGAGGUGGAGGUGGAGGUGGAGGUGGAGGUGGAGGUGGAGGUGGAGGUGGAGGAGGAGGUGGAGGUGGAGGUGGAGGUGGAGGUGGAGGUGGAGGUGGAGGUGGAGGUGGAGGUGGAGGUGGAGGUGGAGGUGGAGGUGGAGGUGGAGGUGAAUGUGAAGGUGAAGGUGAAGGUGGAGGUGAAGGUGAAGGUGAAGGUGAAGGUGAAGGUGAAGGUGAAGGUGAAGGUGAAGGUGAAGGUGAAGGUGAAGGUGAAGGUGAAGGUCGAGUGAAAGUGAAGGUGAAGAUGUAUUCAAAUUCAGCUCCAAAUCGACCUGAGCAUCAGUCACAAUUUGAUAAUCGAGAUGCAAGUCGAGAUGAUAAUGAAGUGACUCUGAGAUUUUAUUCCGAGACUUGCACCAAUACAAGCGAAAAUAUAAGCUCUUGUACAAGCUUAGAUAUAUUUUUCCAAAUCGAACAAGGAAUGAAAACUAAAAUUCCUGUACCUCUUAAAAAUUUAUUAAUCAUCAAUGGCUAUGAUAAUCCAGCUAUACUUAGAAGCAUAUCAAACCAGGACAUAGAAGCGAUAGAAAAAUUUGCCCGAACUGAUCUACAUAAGAUGAUUUCUAAAGACGAUCUUAAAAAUUUUUAUGGUCCUUUGUAUUACCAACAACCAGAAAAAUUCUUCCUCGUUCCUGGCCACCGAAAUCUUAUUUUUCUCAUCAAGGGUUUUUUCAAAGAUGAAAUGGACAAUCGAAAAAUCGAUAAAUCAACUAUGACAGAUGACUUGAAUCUGGGCUUGAAUAUUCAAGACGAAGGAGACCCAAGUGAAGAACCUCCAGAAUCAACAAGUGGUUUUUCUUCGAGCGUCUCUGCUACAAAAAAUCCGAGAAAAAUUCUAAAUACCAAUUUUACGGAGGAAAAUGCUUUAGUUUCUAGAAUUCUAAAAAGAUGGGCUAGAUCAAAAUUUAGUGAUCAACAGUGGAAUAAAUUAGACUGCGACACUAAAUUUAAUAACAUUUUCUUCAACACGACUUUUAAUACAACUUGUGAUAAUGUUGAUGAUUUAGUUUGUAGAGUCACCUGUUUUUGUAAAUCGCAAAUUAAAAUAAAUAAAGUGGCAAAAUCCUCGACAAAAUCAAAAGUAAGAAAACCUCGAUGGGUUUGUUCAAAUUUCCAGACUCAUUUUUUAAAACAUUUCAAUUUUUCUGGCACAUCCGCAUCUGAAGUCACUGAGGAAAUCCCUCUCAAGAACACCCUUGACAGACCAAUAGAAAAAGGCCACGAAAAAGCGAAAACAAGAUAUUAUUCAAACAAAAUCACCAAAUAUUUUAAUAAAUUCCCUGAAGAAGCGAGUGAACAAGCCUCGACCCAAGAACAAGAGAAAAAAAGAAGCGAGGAAAUUUCAAAGGAUUGCAUUCCUGAAAAAGUAAUGGAGAAUAAAAAUAAGGUAAAAAUUAUUGAUUGUGUUACCUUUCACCUCGGUAAACAACCUGAAUUUGGCAGCGAAGAUCAGGAAAAUAUUAUUCCUAAUAAUUCACCAAUAUCUCAAAUAGACCUGAUAAUGGACCCGGAAGAAGAAACAACAUUGGAGAAAAUAUCUGACAAAAAAGAAAAAUCGCUCAAAAUAAUAUGUUCUUCUCAGAGUUCUUCUACAACUCGACCCACUCAUCCCAAAGAGACAGGAAUUUGCAGCACCAGCCUUGAUCUUAUCAAACCAACGAGUAGCUCGAUUUGGACUACACCGAAAUACAGCCGCUCUCAAAGAGAUAGGAGAAAGAGAGAGAAACUGCAAAGUAAUCAAACCGUAAUGACAAACUUUAUUUCGGUCUUGGAGAAAAUAGGUCACGUUAUUAAUCAAAAUGAAGAUAUAUCGCAGAUAUUCCAACAAGGAGUUAAUCAUUUCAGAAACAAUGACGAAGAAUCUUUUGCAAACUCGGGGCAAUGGAUGAUGCCUACAAAGACCUGGAACUCUUUAGCUUUAAUCAAGACAGGAAAGUUGCUAAUGAAUUAG